UUUAACAUUCUACUUUUCUUCACAUUACUUUGUCGAGUAAGGCAAUCUACCUUACCAUAUAAAUAACAUUAAUAUAUUGAUAUAAAUGUUUGCCAAGAUUCAACAGUUACAUCCGGAAGAAAAUUCUAAUACAAUUAAUCAUGAACAACAGUCACUAGCUGCACAACAAGAACAAGUAGAAAAUCCUAUAAAGCAGAAAAAUAUAGAGAGCAAUAUACACAAUCAAGAUAUUAUAUACUACCUACAAUCAUUGCCUGAAACUCAGCAGAGUAUUUCGGACAAUGUCUCUGUCGCUACUAGUGAACUUAAUGAUGUAUUACUUGAAAAUAAAGAAAAUCAAUUAGGGGUGAAACGACAUCUGACUGAUGAUGAAUAUAAUCUUGAAGCUGUGUUAAAAAAAUCUGAAGAAGGCUUAUUGGUGCUAAGUUCAUACCAAAAAGAAAAAAGGUUGAAUAAUGAUAUGCGAAAUAAGCUUGCAAAACUAAUUGUUAGUAAUGAGCUGUCACCUAACAUAAACUGCAGUAUUACAAGCAGCAGAGCAUUAUUUUUAAGCAAAAAAGUACAAAAAUUAUUUCCUACUGAAGAAAAGCUCGUUGCAGCCCUUUCCCGGCGUCGGUGGAACUCCGUUCGGGAAGUGGUCUUCCGUCUGACAACUGCUCUCUGAGCAGGCUCUGAGCGGUGAAGUCUGUACUGCGAUGGAUCGAGUCUCUGAUGUGCUGGUGGUGGCAACCGUCUCGGCUCUCGGAAUUGCGGAUUGCUCCGUGUACCGAGGAGAGAGAGGUCUCCGAAUUCGGA